AUGUCGACUCUUUCAUCGCCACGUCCGUCCAUUGCCUCCUCUCGAGCCCAUUCCCCGGGCCCAACCUCAUCCCGCCCAUCACUCGAUGCCUUGAACACCAACGUCAGCGGGGGCUCAGCGCCGCAUCUACCCCAUCCACCGCACGAGCUCUUUCCCCCUCACUCCAUCUGCGACGCAAUCGCAGUGCCCUGCGAGACUACUACAACCUUAAACCGCCCGGAGCAGACACAUCCGCCUCCCGAGACCCAUCUCGCUCCCGGACUCGACAGUGCAGACUUCAACCCGCAGCGGUAUGUCGAGCAUCUCUUGUCAUCGUCGUCUCUGUCUACGGUGCUCAAGGCGGAGAACACGUUGGUUGGAGAUAUCCGCACUCUCGACGGAGAGCGGAAGGCGCUGGUCUACGAUAACUACUCGAAGUUGAUCCGUGCUGUGGAGACAAUUGGGAAAAUGCGGCGUAGUAUGGAUGAUCGCGGUGCGCCGUUGACUAUGACAAAAACGCUUGGUCCGGCUAUUGCUUUUGUUGCUGAGACUGCUGGUGGGCUCAUUGAGGAAGGUGAGGAGCAGCGCCGGCGAAUGAAGGAAGCGAAACAGGAAGACGAGGGUUCAACCCAGAAGCGCGAGAAGGAUACUGUUCGGUGGGUGCUUGCUGCACCGCAGAGAUUGGAGAAGCUCGUGGCGGAGGAUAAACAGGAUGAUGCGGAGAAGGACUGGAAAGAGAUUCGGCAUUUACUCGACGCCUGGGGUGAUGUUAAGGGGGUUGCUGAGAUUCGGGGAGCGUGUGAGAAAGUCAUGAAUAGGGAAAGUCACGAUGACUGA